AUGGUCGAGUCUAACCCUACAGUACCCCUUCGAAGCAUUCAAGACCAAGUUCAGAAAAGGCUUCAAGUUGGUGAGUCCAUACACAAAGUACAGAGGGCAAAAGCAAUAGCUACAAAGCAAGUGACCGAUGACUACACAAAGCAAUACGAGGUGUUAAGAGAUUAUCUUACGGAACUACAACCAACUAAUGUGGAUACAACUGUGAAGCUUGAGGUUGUUAAUGAGCCUAACAGUGCUAGAGAAACAAGGCAGUUUAAAAGGGUGUAUAUUUUCUUAGGGGCAUUAAAGAAAGGGUUUAAAGCAGGCUUAAGAGAUAUUCUCGGACUAGAUGGUGCUUUUAUGAAAAUACCAUUUCCAGGCCAAGUACUCACUGCAGUUGGAUUGGAUUCAAACAAUGGCAUAUACCCACUUGCAUAUGCCAUUGUUGAGACUGAAAAUAUGAGUAGCUGGAAAUGGUUUCUAGAAUGCUUAGGAGAUGAGUUAGAGUUGUACUCAAAUUCUAAAUUUACUUUCAUGAGUGAUAGACAAAAGGGACUCUUACCUGCUAUUGCACAACUGUACCCACAAGCUGAGCAUCGUUUCUGUCUAAGGCAUAUUUAUGAGAAAAUGAGGAAAAAUGGAAAACAAAAGAGCAGAGCAGGAUCAGAUAUAUUGCUCAACAAUUUGUGUGAGGUUUUCAACAUUAAGCUUAUUCAUGGUAGGAAUAAGCCUAUCAUAAGUUGUCUUGAGUACAUCAGGCAGUACCUUAUGAAGAGGAUCUGCAAUGUGAAGAAAGUGAUGUCUAAAGCUCCAGGUCCACUCACUCCAACAACAUCAAAGUUACUUGAGAGAAAUAGGGAAGCUUCAGUCCAAUAUAGGGCUAGAUGGAAUGGGACUGCAAAGUAUGAAGUUUAUGGUCCUUGGCAUGACCAUCAUGUGGUUAACAUGACAAAUAUGUCAUGUACAUGCAGAAAGUGGGAGUUGAAUGGGAUUCCAUGCAAACAUGUCAUAGCUACAAUACAUGAAAUGGUUGAUAGUGGAGACAAAGUUGGGGAGCUUUACACUUAUGUCAACAAAGUGUAUUGGCUUCAAACUUGGAAUGAGGCUUACUCUUACACUAUGGAACCUAUAAAGGGUAGAGCCAUGUGGCCAAAAAGUACCAGUCCAUUUCAAUUAACACCAUCACGACAACACAUUCAACCUAGAAGACCAAAGAGUGAGAGAAAGAGAAGUGCAUAUGAAAAAUAUGAUAGUCAGAUGCAUAAGCAUGGUGGAAGUGAACCUGAAAAUCUCACCAGAAAGUUUGUUAGUGUCAAGUGUGGGAAAUGCAACAAUAGGGGUCAUAACUCCAGGACUUACAAGGGUGAUGGAGGGAUUGCAUGA